UCAAGCCGUUAAUCCCCGCCCGACCCCGUGAUCUGCCAGCCCUUUUCUUUCGUCCGUCAAUCCUCCGAUGUCUUCCUCCACUCUUCUCUAGACUGCCUAUUUUUAUCUCGCCUGGCCAUUUCAAUCCUGCCUUCCUUCCUCACCGCUUCCUCCCCCUCCGUCUAGAUAAAUAAAAUAAAUAAAAUGUCCCAAUCUCUUCCUCCGCCUUUCACUCCCGAUAGCGAAUUCGCUGCCCUCGAGACGCCCCGCGCCCCGGCCGGAAGCCUCUCCAUCACGGCGUUGGCUCGCUUCGAGUUCGAGGCCGGAAAAGCCAACGAUGGCACCAAGAUUCUCAUGAUCGAAUGGGAGGACGAUGAUCUGGCCCGGUGCGGUUCAUCUCCUGUCAUUCACACUCCCUCAUCGAGCGAGACCGAGAUCGAGACCGAGACCGUUGAAGAAACGCCCGCCUCAGAAACAGAACCAGAGCAACCUACGACAACAUCACCAAGCCAAGACCUAAUAAAGAAACGAGCAGCCGGGUCAUGGCACGUUUCCUGGGAAAACAAAACCGCCGUGCUGCCCGCCUCCGAACAAACGAACGAUCACACCCGCCGCGUCUACUUCCUCCUCCCGCCCAACGUCACCAUCCCGCCGGUCGUGACGCUAGCCUACGAACCUGCCCCAGCGAACCAUCCUACCGAGUAUCCCGCCGCCUCCGAAACGCUGCAGCUCAAUCCGCUGCCGGCCAUCUUCCCGCCGGAACUGGGCGCCGACGGCCGCUCUGCGGGCAAGAAGGGCGUGCUGCACACGAUAUGGGCGAAGAAGAGGCUGCAGGUGCUGGAGCGCGAGAUCCGCGAGGAGUGUCGCAGCAAUGUCGAGGGCGUGGCGCUGCAGAUGGCGCUGCAGGAGAAGGAGUGGAUCGAGAUGAACUUCGGGGUGGGGGGCGCGCAGGCGGCGACGGAGGCCGUGCGGAAUCGCGUGAAUGCCCACGAUGCGUCCUAUCCGAUGGGACCGACGACGCCGGUUUCGCCGACUACGGGCGGCAGGCUGGGCGAGAAGCUCAAAGGCUUGAAGUUGCAGACGGGCGGAAGGGGAAAGGAGUUUACGUCGUCGCCGUUGACUACCGAGGGUAUGUAUUUUGUCCACGCAGAUGAGUCGCCGAAGCUAAUGACAUGGAAAUAGGAAUGAGCCAGUCUUCGGCUCAUCAUCUCCUGUCGCCUCAGUCUCCCGAUAUCGCCGUUUCCUCGUUCAACUCAUUCCAUAGCAUCCAGCGACCCGAGCCCGCGCCGCCUGCUCCGGCUGCAGAUCCAGUC